AUGGCUUCCAAAAUGACCCCUCAUCCUCUCGAGCCACUAAGCAUCGAAGAGUGCCAUCGUGCUAGAGAUAUUGUGCUUGGUGCACACAAACAGUCCAUUCUUGACUUCCGAUCCAUUUCUCUGGAAGAGCCUCCAAAAGCACAACUCCAACCAUUCCUCGACCUCGAGCAUGCGGGGAAGCUCACACCAGCAACACCACGUCCACAUCGUCUGGCAAGAGUCAACUACGAUGUCAUUGGAAGAGACAAAAUUGCAAAGUACUAUGAAACACUGAUUGACGUAAUAAAUGGCGCUCUGGUCUCGAAUGAAGUUGUCGAGAAACCAGCCCAUGCUGCCUUGACGCUAUCCGAAUUCGAAACCUUGACGAAAGCUGUAGCGGCCUCAUCGGUGUUCAAAGAAGAAGUUACUAAGCUGAACAUCCCUGAGGGAUUCGAAGUUGUGGUCGAGCCAUGGCCAUAUGGAGGUCCAGAUGGGGAAGAGGAAUACUGCCGAUACUUUCAGGCCUUGUGUUUUGCAAACGACACGAGGGUUGGCAAUCCAGACUCCAAUUUCUAUGCAUAUCCUCUCCCCAUAAUCCCAAUUAUGGAUGCCAGAACCAAGGAGAUCGUGAGAAUCGAUCACCUGGCAACAGGAGGUGAAGAAGAUGGUCUCAACUAUGGAACCAGAUCAGAGAACUUCAUGAACCAGUACAGAUCAGCCGAAUAUGUGCCCGAACUCCUGCCCCAAGGUCUCCGCAAAGAUAUGAAACCAAUAAAUGUGGUUCAGCCAGAUGGGCCCAGUUUCAAGAUUACAAAUGAGAGUUUAGUGGAAUGGCAGAAAUGGAGAUUCAGAGUUGGCUUUAACUUCCGAGAGGGAGCUACCCUUCAUAAUAUUACGUAUGAUGGAAGAAGUGUAAUGUACAGGUUGAGUGUCAGCGAGAUGACGGUCCCGUAUGCAGAUCCGAGAGCCCCGUUUCAAAGAAAACAAGCCUUUGACUUUGGAGAUGGCGGAGCGGGAAUCUGUGCCAACAAUCUCGAACUUGGUUGCGACUGUCUCGGUCAUAUCAAGUACUUUGAUGCCGUGAACGUUGCCAAUGAUGGCACAGCAACGGUGAGCCCCAACGUAGUGUGUCUACACGAGCAGGAUAAUGGUAUCGGAUGGAAGCAUUCGAAUUGGAGGACUGGCCGGGCGGUUGUAACCCGAUAUCGAGAGUUGGUUGUCCAAUUCAUCAUCACGCUGGCGAACUAUGAAUACAUCUUCGCAUACAAAUUCGACCAGUCGGGUGGAAUCAUGGUUGAAGCUCGAGCAACUGGAAUCGUGAGCGUGGUCUCCAUUGAUGCAGGCAAGCAAUCGCCUUACGGGAAUGUGGUUUCACCAGGCGUCCUUGCACAAAACCAUCAGCACAUUUUCGCCGUCCGUAUCGAUCCUGCGAUCGAUGGUGCCAAUAAUACUGUCUUAACUGAAGAAUCGCAUCCGGUCCCCACUUCAGCAGAACGGAACCCAAGGGGGAAUUUGUUCGAAGUGGUUCAAAACCCGGUCAAGAAAUCCCAAUGGCUGGAUGCUGCUCCUCAACAUAACCGCGUCAUCAAGAUCAUCAAUCCAAGCAAAAUCAACCCAGUCAGUGGGCAUCCCGUGGGCUACAAGUUUACUCCGAUACCCAGUCAGGUCCUUCUCGCUCAGCCAGAUUCAAUUCAAGCUCGUCGGGCUCAGUUCGCAAAACAUCAUGUUUGGAUCUCGAAAUAUAAAGACGGUGAGCUUUUCGCUGGAGGCAGAUAUACCUUGCAGAGUCAAGACGAGAUCGGAGGUGUGAGUGACGCGGUGAAGAGGCGAGAUGAUGUGUUGAACACUGAUGUUGUGGUUUGGAGUUGUUUCGGCUUGACGCAUAAUCCUCGAGUCGAGGAUUGGCCCGUGAUGCCAGUUGAUAUCUUCCAGUUACAUCUCAAGCCUGUUGACUUCUUCACCGAAAAUCCUUCGAUUGACGUCCCAUCGAGCCGCAAUUUGUCAUCGACAUUGGUAAAGAAGGAUGGUUGUUGUUCAAAGGAGUCUUCGAGGCUAUGA